CGCGCAAGCAUUCAGCGCCUAGUAACGGGUUUAGCGUUAGCGGUGGUUAUUGCUGGAUUACAGAGAAACCAGUUUCCGCGGGACUAGAGCUGAACCCUAAUUCUGGAAGUUUGGUGCAACUUUACCAUUGAAGGAGACGACAGCUGAAAGAUCAGCGGACUUUCCAGCUUGUGGUCAUGGAAUAGCAAAGCGGAGUGGAGCCAGGCGUUAGGCCUGUGGAUAACUAACGUUAGCUAGCUGAGCUAGCGAAGCUGUCUAUCCUUGUUUGGGUCGGUGUGCUAACUGGCUAGAUGCUAUUUUUGUUAGCAUAACAGAUAGCCAACCAAGCUUGCUAUCCUGUUUUGAUGCGACUAUAUUGAAGGAAACUGCUGGGGUCCACCAUUAUUACACAUUUCCUGAACUUUCUUUAAGUUUUAAGUUCAUCUUCUUGACUAACGUAUUGUAAGUGAGCUAGCAAGCUAACGUUACGUCUUUGUCAUACAAAGUUGAGUUUUUGAUUUGAGCGGAGGGAUGAUUUGUGAGUUAAAUUAAUCUAUUUUUUUAACAACGGAUUGCAUGUUGAUGAUCGAUCAUUUGUCAGACGCUGUUCAGACCGCACAGUCUCUCUGCCCCUCCACUGGACGACAGUUAAAAUCUUUUUCGAUCCCCGCUGCACCAACCGCUGUUUCCUGUCUUCGGCCGGCUUCGGUGGCUGGCCACACGGCACUGAGUGCCCAAUGGAGGAACAUGACAACAUGGAUUAUUUUUACCAGCAGGUAGUGCAGAAAGACGUUACCCGCAGGUUGCAGGUCGGUCAGGACCUCAUUGACUACCUGAACGACCCGCAACGCUCCCCGGACGUGGAGCAGGACAAACCCCGGCUGGAUAAGACCGUGGACGAGCUUACGGGAUGGGUGAACUCCAGCAAUUUCAAGGUGGCAUUGUUGGGGAUAGACAUCUGUGGUGCUUUUGUGGAUCGUAUGGGAGAGCGGUUUAAAGGAUACCUGGGCACAGUUUUGCCAGCUUUGGUGGACAGGCUGGGCGAUGGGAAGGACCAUGUCAGGGAGAACAGCCAAGCUCUCAUCCUUCGCUGUAUGGAGCAGACUGCCUCACCCAUGUACAUUUGGGAAAGGCUACUUCCUGGUUUUAAACACAAGAACUUCCGCAGUCGAGAAGGAAUCUGCCUCUGUCUCAGUGCCACGCUCAGCACGUAUGGAGCCCAGCCCCUGAGCCUGAGUAAGUUAGUUCCUCAUCUCUGCACUCUGACUGGAGACCAGAACCCACAGGUACGCGAGGCCUCCAUAACAACCUUGGUGGAUGUUUAUCGUCACGUUGGAGAGAGGGUCAGAGCAGACCUGGCAAAGAGAGGACUGCCUGCUGCACGGUUACAGACGUUGUUCGCUCGUUUUGAUGAAGCCUUGAAUUCAGGCAACAUGGCUCUCAGCCCGAGUCACGAUCGUAGCUUCGAGGAUGACGACAGUGUGGAUGGGAAUCGUUCUUCCUCAGCCCAGGCCGCCUUCAAGGUCCCCAAAGUUCCCAAGAAGCCCGCAGAGUCGUCCGCCGCGCGCAGGCCCAGCGCUACCGGUGGCAAGCUAGUAUCCAAGGAAAGUGCCGGGGGAAUUGACGAAGAGGACUUCAUUAAAGCCUUCACAGAUGUCCCUACUGUCCAGAUCUACUCAUCGAGGGACCUUGAGGACAACCUGAAUAAGAUCCGUGAGAUCUGCUCCGAUGACAAACACGACUGGGACCAGAGAGCCAACUCUCUGAAGAAGAUCCGCUCACUGUUGGUGGCGGGUGCACACACCUACGACUGUUUCUACCAGCACUUACGGCUCCUGGACGGAGCCUUCAAACUGUCAGCUAAAGACCUGCGCUCACAAGUUGUCCGAGAGGCCUGCAUCACUGUGGCCCACCUCUCUACAGUGCUGGGGAAUAAAUUUGACCAUGGAGCGGAAGCCAUUGUUCCCGUCCUGUUCAACCUCAUCCCCAACUGUGCCAAAGUCAUGGCCACCUCCGGUGUGUCGGCUAUCCGCAUCAUCAUACGGCACACCCACGUCCCCAGGCUCAUCCCCCUGAUAACCAGCAACUGCACAUCCAAGUCUGUGGCUGUAAGAAGGCGCUGUUAUGAUUUCUUGGACCUCCUACUACAAGAAUGGCAAACCCACUCUCUAGAGAGGCACACAGCGGUUCUGGUUGAGAGCAUCAAGAAGGGAAUUCGAGAUGCGGACUCAGAGGCCAGAGUGGAAGCCCGCAAGGCCUACUGGGGUCUGAGGAACCACUUUCCAGGGGAGGCCGACGCUCUCUACAACUCCUUGGAGUCGUCGUACCAGAGGACCCUUCAGUCCUGCCUGAAGAGCUCUGGCAGCGUGGCCUCACUUCCCCAGAGUGACCGCUCCUCGUCCUCCUCUCAAGAGAGCCUCAAUCGGCCUCUGACUUCUAAAUGGUCUGCAGCUCCAGGGCGAGUCCCUGCGGGUUCAAAGGGUGGGGCGUGGUCGGCCUCCCUGCAACGUUCCCGUAGCGACGUUGAUGUAAACGCAGCAGCAGUCGCUAAGCACCGGCACGUCGGACAGACCAGGGCGGCGGGGCGUCUGCCCCCCGGCUCCUACUCCUCACUGGGGACCAGGUCAGACAAUGGCCGCGUACGUACCAAGCAGCCCUUGUCCACUGCCAGCAGCGUGUCCAGCCAGGUGGACUCACGAGGACGCAGCCGCACCAAGAUGGUCUCCCAGUCACAACCUGGCAGUCGGAGCGGCUCCCCGGGUCGCGUGCUGACCAGCACUGCCCUCAGCACCAUGAGCUCAGGGGCCCAAAGGGUGCUGGCUGGGAGCAGCGGGGACGGACACAGGCGCAGCCGCAUCCCCCGCAGCCAGGGCUGCUCCAGAGACUCUUCCCCCACCCGCCUGUCCGUUGCUCCUUCCAGCAUUAGUUCCAUCUACAACGGAGCGAGCAGAGGAGCGCGGGGCAGUCGUAUCCCUCGGCCCAGUAUGAGUCAGGGCUGCAGCAGAGAGGCCAGCAGGGAGAGCAGCCGGGACACCAGCCCCGUACGCUCCUUCACACCCCUCGCGACGCGGAGCUACUCUCGCUCCACCGGAGCUCUCCACACACCUGACACUUUUGGGGCUGCAGGAUCGGGUUUUGGCAUCAGUCAGUCCAGUCGUCUCUCUUCUUCAGUCAGUGCCAUGAGGGUCCUCAACACGGGCUCCGAUGUGGAAGAGGCUCUUGCGGAUGCACUGAAGAAGCCAGCACGGCGGCGGUACGAAAACUACGGCAUGUACUCCGACGAUGACGCCAACAGUGACGCAUCCAGCGCCUGCUCGGAGAGGUCCUACAGCUCCAGGAACGGAGGAGCCAUCCCCACCUACAUGAGGCAGACAGAAGAUGUAGCUGAGGUGCUGAACCGUUGUGCCAGUGCCAACUGGUCAGAGCGGAAGGAGGGGCUGUUGGGCCUGCAGGCGCUGCUCAAGAACCAACGCACCCUCAGUCGGGUAGAGUUGAAGAGGCUGUGUGAAAUCUUCACCAGGAUGUUUGCAGACCCUCACAGUAAGCGAGACUCCGGCAGGGUGUACGGCACAGCAGAAUCCGGUAUAAGCUCAGCCUCCUUCAAGAGAGUGUUCAGCAUGUUCCUGGAGACACUGGUAGAUUUCAUCCAGGUCCAUAAGGAAGAUCUGCAGGACUGGCUGUUCGUCCUGCUCACACAGCUGCUGAAGAAGAUGGGAGCCGACUUGCUGGGCUCCGUACAGGCCAAAGUUCAGAGAGCCCUGGAUGUCACACGGGAGUCUUUCCCCAACGACCUCCAGUUUACUAUUCUCAUGAGGUUCACCGUAGACCAGACACAGACACCCAACCUCAAGGUGAAGGUGGCCAUUCUGAAGUACAUCGAGACGCUGACGUUACAGAUGGAAGCUCCGGACUUCGUGAACUCCAGUGAGACUCGGCUGGCCGUCUCCCGCAUCAUCACCUGGACGACUGAACCCAAGAGCUCUGACGUCAGAAAGGCAGCCCAGUCGGUGUUAAUCUCGUUGUUCCAGCUCAACACACCAGAGUUCACCAUGCUGCUGGCAGCUCUGCCCAAAACCUUUCAGGACGGAGCCACCAAGCUGCUUCAAAACCACCUGAAGAAUACUGGCAGUGUUGCACAGGCACCAAUGGGCAGCCCUCUCACACGCCACACCCCCCGAUCUCCAGCCAGCUGGUCCAGCCCGGUCACUUCCCCUACCAACACCUCCCAGAACACCCCCUCACCAAGUGCAUUUGACUACGACACAGAGAACAUGAACUCAGAGGACAUCUACAGCUCGCUGAAAGGUGUCACUGAGGCGAUCCAGAAUUUCAGCGUCCGCAGCCAAGAGGACAUGAAUGAGCCAGUCCAACGGCGGGAGGGAGAAGAGGGGGACAGUGCGACAGACAGAGUGUCAGACUUGAUGGACGGAGGCCGCAUGGCGCUGGACAACAAGACUUCCCUCCUCAACACCCCCCUGCUCUCCUCCAGCCCCAGAGGAGCCCGCGAGCACUUCUUAGAUUCUCCCUUCAAACACAGCCGCAAAGACACUAGCAUGGACGACUCCGAGCAUCUCACUGAUGAGAGCAGCCUGGACCAAUCAGAGCUGGUGGCCGAGCUGCUGAAGGAGUUGUCCAAUCACAACGAGCGCAUUGAGGAGAGGAAGGCGGCGCUGUGCGAACUGCUGAAACUGAUUCGCGAAAACACUCUGCAGGUGUGGGAUGAACAUUUCAAGACCAUCCUGCUGCUCCUGCUCGAAACAAUGGGUGACAGAGAGCACGUGAUCCGAACGCUGGCUCUGCGGGUGCUGAGGGAGAUUCUCAGCAAGCAGCCCUGGAGGUUCAAAAACUACGCAGAGCUCACCAUCAUGAAGGCCCUGGAGGCUCACAAAGACCCCCACAAGGAGGUGGUACGAGCAGCAGAGGAGACAGCGGCCAUGUUGGCGUUGUCCAUCAGUCCAGACCAGUGCAUCAAAGUGUUGUGUCCCAUCAUCCAGUCAGCUGACUAUCCCAUCAACCUGGCUGCCAUCAAGAUGCAGACCAAAGUGGUAGAGAGGGUUCCCCGCGAGGGCCUGAUCAACCUGCUGCCGGAGAUAGUGCCAGGACUCAUACAGGGUUACGACAACUCUGAGAGCAGUGUGAGGAAAGCCUGUGUGUUCUGCUUGGUGGCCAUUUACGCAGUGAUCGGAGAGGACCUCAAACCGCACCUCAGCCAACUCUCCAGCAGCAAGCUGAAGCUGUUGAAUCUGUAUAUCAAGCGUGCCCAGUCCGGCUCCAGCGGCAGUGAACCCCCAUCUGAGGGCCUAUAGGAGACACAGCGCCCUCCCACAGGGCGACCACAGAACUGCAACUCUGCCCACCAAACGUAAACAUCUGUUCAUGAGCUCACAGACCGAGAACAAAACACACAUCCUAACACUCAUAGGAGUAAACUGCUUACAUUCACACGUACGCUUGCAUUCACACACACACACACACACACACACACACACAGGUACACACAGUCCUCAUACAUUUCCUGUCCCACUGCAAGAUGGGAGUUGUGGUGCAGAAGAGAGGAGUGUUGAAGUCCUCCUGACCAUCGCUGAGGAUCCACUCUGAUCCCAGACUGAACAGAACCUUUAAAUUUGGAUCAAACAUCAAUGGUCACAUACUCCACCCAGUCACUAAUCACUCAUGGAUGAAGAUAUGAAAUGUCCGUCCUCUCCAGCACCUUUAUAUCCCCAACACAACAGCAUCCCCUCCGAGUAACAUCUUGAUGUCAACAGGAAGUGGUGAAACUGCAUGGUUCUCAUUUUUUGGGGGGGCAAGGUUCAUAGAACAGGGCUGAGACGAACGAAUGGAGCCGCCUCGUGUCUUUCUUGAGCAGCGAAUAACUGGGGCCAGGUAGACAGGAAUGUAAAUUUACAUUGUGUCAUAGUUUGGUUUUAUUUUACGCAGUGAGAUUUUACUGCAGCGGUUUUUAAAUGUCUGCAGUUGUCUCUCUCACACACACAUUAACACACACUCUCUCUAUUUCAAAAAGGUGCUGAUUAGCCUGAAAGGUACGACCGACCAGCCCUGCGCAGCACUAACACGAGUCACAGUGGGUCAUGCCUGCUCAUAGCAAAUACAGUACAUAGGCAGAUUCCAAAGUAUAGGAGGCGUUGUGUGCUUGGCUAUGCAUGAGACUAAAUUUUAAAAAGAACUUUUUAUUGGGGUCCUAUUGACAGAAUAGUGUGACUGGCGUAAUGCGAACCUUUCAGAAAAAUUCAUGGUGUCCUCUGUUUCUCCCAGUUCAUCUGAUGGAUCAGUCCACUUCUGAGCGACAUGGGGAGGAAAGAUGGGUGCGUGCUGCUUACUACAUGACGUAUGGCAGGACAAGGCUUAUUAUCACAUAGUGGAUAUGUAUCUAUAUAUGAUAUUAAAAUGGAAUAUCCAAUAACAGUGUCAUUUAGGAGAGUCCCCCGGGGGGGUGCACAAGUGCGCCUGUGCCCAUCCUUGUUUUUAUUUUCUCUCUCUCUCUCUCUGUUGCGCGUGCAGUAGUCUCUCUCUCACACACUUACGUUUUCUCUGCUGAGAAAUUUGUAGAAAUGUAUUAUUUACAGCUCUGAAAAAAGACUGUCAUGUCACCCUUUUCUCUUCUCCUCUUCAUUGUGUCUUUCUUUCCUUCCUCUUCUUGUAACAUUCUAGUUUGCACUGUUGUGUUUCCUCUGUGCAUUUACAAAAACAAUAAAAUCAAGAACUUGUACAGAU